UAUGUCAGAGUGAUGAGGGAGCCGGUGCGACUGGGUGAAGUUCUCGUGCCGGGCAUGAGGGUCAAGGAUGCGCAGGAGCUGGAGAAUCAGAAGUUCGACGAGCCCCCGAAGCACGCGUCUCCUCCUGGAGCUCGGGCUCACCAUGAGCCAGCGCCCAUGGAGCGCAAGCAAGCCCCUCCCCCUCCCCCGCCUCAGUCGGCCCACGGGAACUUCAAGCCUGCCAACCAGCAACGAGACGGCAGGUCGACCGUUGGGCAGAGCUACUCGCCUGCAACCCCGAACAAGAACGAGGCCCCGAAGAUGUGCGGGGUGGGAGUCGUUCUCGUGCAGGUGAGCGGGGGAGCUGUCUGCGUGAAGAGCGUCAACAAGGGAGGCCCCGCCUACAACUCCGGCAAGAUACAACGCGGAGACGUUCUGUUUGCUAUCGAUGGGCAGAAGGUGCUCGGAUGGGAUGUGGAGAGCGUGAAGCCGUUGAUCCUGGGGCCGCAAGGCUCCACCAUCGUCAUGAGCUUCUAUCGCGUCGGCAACCAAGUAGUGGGGAAGCGAUCCUUCGACGUGGCCAUGACGCGCACACCCGUGGACCCGAACGCUUCUCUUCCUCAUCGUCCUCCCUUUGAGGUCGCCACCUUCGGCUAGAGGAGAGGGAGGAGUAGUGAGGAUGGUCGAGGGCAUAGGACGGAUAGGGAGCAAGAGAGGCCUGAUAGCAGAACUCACAUCCUACAUGAUUUAAUCGCAGAUAAAUAGUCGGCUUAUC